GUCAUUGCACAACGCACGUUGGAGUGUUGCUGCUCUGCCGACGGACGCCUGCCAGCUGUCAGCCGCAGCAUCGAGUAGCCUGCCUCCUGCUUCAUAUUGUCCCCACUGCCUCCUGCUUCAUAUUGUCCCCACUGCCUCCUGCUUCAUAUUGUCCCCACUGCCUCCUGCUUCAUAUUGUCCCCACUGCCUCCUGCUUCAUAUUGUCCCCACUGCCUCCUGCUUCAUAUUGUCCCCACUGCCUCCUGCUUCAUAUUGUCCCCACUGCCUCCUGCUUCAUAUUGUCCCCACUGCCUCCUGCUUCAUAUUGUCCCCACUGCCUCCUGCUUCAUAUUGUCCCCACUGCCUCCUGCUUCAUAUUGUCCCCACUGCCUCCUGCUUCAUAUUGUCCCCACUGCCUCCUGCUUCAUAUUGUCCCCACUGCCUCCUGCUUCAUAUUGUCCCCACUGCCUCCUGCUUCAUAUUGUCCCCACUGCCUCCUGCUUCAUAUUGUCCCCACUGCCUCCUGCUUCAUAUUGUCCCCACUGCCUCCUGCCAGGUGUUCACGGGGCCGCGGAGCGAGCUAACGAGCCACGUGAGCGACACAUCACCCUCCAUCGGGCAGGAUGGGGCGCAGCUACAUAGUAGAAGAGGCUGUGGAGGGAUAUCUGACUAAACAGUGUGAACAAAAAGCAGGUCCAGUCACAGGCCUGCUAAUUGGACAGAGCUCCACCCAGAGGGAGUUUGUCGUCACGGCCACCCGGACGCCCCAAAGGGAGGAGCCUCUUGCAGCCGGAGACUCUCCAGACAAGCAGUGGGUGACUGAGCAUGCCCGCCAGGUUUCUCGGAUGUUGCCUGGUGGCCUGUCUGUAUUGGGAGUCUUCAUCGUCACUGACAUUGACGCCAAGGACUCACUAGCCACACUCCGAAAGCUGGUCUUUGCCGUGGAGAACCUGAUCUCCUCCGAGCGGCUGUGGAACCCCGCGGAUGACGAUGUCACCGAUUGCGUCGCGCUGCACGUCAACCCCAAAACCAGAAAAACCUUCUGCAGAACCUUCGACAUCAAAGACCCCAAGCAGAGCGUGGCCAAGCCUGCAGACUGGAAGUACCAGUCGGGUGUGUGCUCCUCCUGGAGCACGGUGUCCUGUAGUCUAAGCGUGGACAUGUUGGUGCCCCUGCCAGACGACAGAACCGAUCUGGAGGACAUGGAUAAAUGUCUAAAGGAGGGGCUUAAAGUGUGGGCACACCAGCUGGAGAGCGCAGUUUGUCUGAUCGAUGGGAGAAAGCUGUCGGAGGACAUGGAGCUUGUAGGAGGACAGAAGAGGAAUGUGAGACAGACGUACACAGCUCAGCUGCUCAUCACGCCGGAUGAGCGGAGGGCAACAGAUGUGGUCCAGCGGUGUGGAGGCAGCGUGUCAGUCAGGGGAGCCAUCCACAGCAGAGCUUACCUGCACAGCAACAAACCCAAGGCCAAACUGGCCGAGAAGCUGCUGAAGAGGGACGCGGUCUCUACGGUGGCCACGAGGGCUCAGAUGCUGCUGGAGGAGCUGCUGACGUCGGAUGGGGAGAGCAAGGGCAGCGGCAGAGACAGACCUCAGAGAGGUACACACAACGAGCUGUUCUGUCUCCCCCAUCGUAUCUUCUGUCCGGUGAAAGCGAGCGGGCCGGUGUGUGUGUGUGACUACCACUUCAGUGACGAGGGCCUGUCUGUGGUGACUGACAGGCUAAAGGAGAUGCUGGACAUUGACGCAGCCGAGAAAGACCUGGAUACCAGGCAGGAAACUCCUGCUGAAGUCCUAGAGGGAGAGGCUGCAGCAGAGCCCACCGUGGAAACCAUUGAAGCGCUGGAGCCCAAGAGGAACCGCUACAUUGGUGUUGCCAUGGCUACCGUCGUCGCCUUUCUUGCCACUGCUGCCUCGAUGCUCUAUCUCAAUGACGUUUGAUACCCACAAAUAUGCACACGCAGGCGUGCUCGCCAUCCAGCUGUGCUGAACUUCGACCCCUCCGAGAGCGAGCGCUCUCUCCGUCGGUCUACCUUAUCAACAGAUUGAAAACACACACAGCUCCACUUGG